UUCGUCUUGGGUGCACGAGCGCAUCAAUCACCGCCUCAUUUUACUGGGAGGAUCCCAAUAAAUGACGUAAUUGCUGGCGUACGACUGCAGCGUAAUUGUGCUUAUACUAAAUGAAUGCACAUCCAAUAGGCGAACAUAUUAUGAGCAGCCAGGGAGAUAUCAUACACUCUAAAUCCCUUUUAUGAUUCAGUGCGACAUUAAGUUGAGAAUGAGUUGUUGACUUGCUUGCCUUUUUCAUAGCACAUUGGACAAAAGUUUUGGUUGACCUAACAGUGCUUCACUUCAGAAGACUCUCCUAAUUCAAACAGUGCAGGGCAGAACGAUGUGGCUCGCGCGGACCCUCCUCGCUCUGGCGCUUCUUUGCGCACCGGUAUCCAGCCUCUGCUUGCCAACGUACGACCCCGUGUCCAACUUUCUUUGCAACAAUGAGGUGUUCUCCGAGACGAAUGAUAACGGGCAACCAGCAAAUCCCCUGGUGGACAGUCUAAACCUCCUGUACAAAUCAGCGCACUCGCUUUCCUCCGAGGAGCCGCGCGAAAGGAGGACAAUACCCGCGUCCAAAUACAGAUACUUGAGCCAGACGCAGCUCAGGAGUAAACUGUAUCGUAAUAGUGCGAAGAGCGACCGACGCAGCCAGGUCACUCUGUCCCUUGAUGUCCCCACCAACAUAAUGAACAUCCUCUUCAACAUUGCCAAAGCCAAGAACCUGCGCGCAAAGGCGGACGACAAUGCGCGCUUGCUGGCGCAGAUUGGAAAGAGAAAAUGAACUCCAAUUAAUGUCACUAAUUUGACUUUAACUGAUAUUUUUUGUGACCAACUGAGGCAUGUUAUCUCUAAUUUAAUAAUGUAAUAAAAGUUUUUUUUCAGUUGCAUUAUAAGCUAUCCUGAAAAUUAAUGGAACGUAUUAACAGGUGACCUUUGGGCUCAUUACCUAGUGAGACUCAUGGCAAUUGUAAACAAAAGUGUUUGGUUUAUUUCUAAACUCAAGCUUUACAGAGACAUAAUGAUUGGAGUAUGUAUCGUAGGGAAGUAGCCUACGACAUAUUUUUUCCUUCCUCUUUCCCUUUUCAUUAAUAUAAUUUUGGUCUGUUCACCUCAGAUGAAAGUUGAGCUGGUUAGUAUUAAAAUGACUGCUUUAUAAGAUACACGACUUGAUGGUUUCAGAUCUGUAAAGUUCUUAAAA